CGACCGGAGCGGCGGGCACGGCGCGGCGCCGAGCGUCCUGUCAGGCGGCCGAGGGCGCCGCGGACCCGCGCCGAGAUGAUGCCGAUGAUAUUAACCGUGUUCUUGAGCAACAAUGAACAGAUUUUAACAGAAGUUCCUAUAACACCAGAAACAACAUGUCGUGAUGUUGUCGAAUUUUGCAAAGAACCUGGAGAAGGCAGUUGCCAUUUAGCUGAAGUGUGGAGGGGAAAUGAGCGUCCCAUACCCUUUGAUUAUAUGAUGUAUGAACAUCUUCAGAAGUGGGGGCCACGAAGGGAAGAAGUCAAAUUUUUCCUUCGACAUGAAGAUUCCCCAGCAGAGAGCAAUGAACAAGGUGGCCGUCAGACCCAGGAGCAAAGAACUCAGAGAAAUGUAACAAAUAUACCUGGAGAAAAACGCACUGAAAAUGGGGUUGGGAAUCCACGUGUUGAACUUACCCUCUCAGAACUCCAAGAUAUGGCCGCUCGGCAGCAACAGCAGAUUGAAAACCAGCAGCAGAUGCUGGUCGCCAAGGAACAGCGUUUACAUUUUCUAAAGCAACAGGAGCGCCGUCAGCAGCAGUCUAUUUCUGAAAAUGAAAAGCUUCAGAAAUUGAAAGAACGAGUUGAAGCCCAGGAAAAUAAGCUGAAGAAGAUCCGUGCCAUGAGAGGACAAGUAGACUACAGCAAAAUCAUGAAUGGCAAUCUGUCUGCUGAAAUAGAAAGGUUCAGUGCCAUGUUCCAGGAAAAGAAGCAAGAAGUACAGACUGCGAUUUUAAGAGUUGAUCAACUCAGUCAACAAUUGGAAGAUUUAAAGAAGGGAAAACUGAACGGGUUCCAGCCUUACAAUGGCAAGCUGACAGGACCGGCAGCAGUGGAGCUAAAAAGACUGUACCAGGAGCUUCAGAUUCGUAAUCAGCUCAACCAGGAACAGAAUUCAAAGCUCCAGCAGCAGAAGGAACUCUUGAAUAAGCGCAACAUGGAGGUGGCCAUGAUGGACAAGCGGAUCAACGAACUGCGUGAACGUCUUUACGGAAAGAAAAUUCAGCUGAGCCGCGUGAAUGGCACGUCAUCGCCCCAGUCGCCCCUGAGUGCGCCCGGCAGGGUGGCGGCGGUGGGGCCAUACAUCCAGGUGCCCAGCGCUGGCAGCUGCCCUGCCCCCGGAGACCCGGUGAAGCCCCAGUCCCUCACUGUCGCCUCAAGCGCUGCCCACGGAAGGUCGAAAUCCGAUGGCCGUGGUCAGCCCAGAGUGACCCGCUUGUGGACAGUGUCAGAUCUCGACGUCGGGCCUGAGCGCGGCUCGUCGCAGCGCCCCACAAGCCCGUUUGCAAAGCCCAAUGAUGGAAACUGGCCAACCUUGAAACAGAAUUCUAGCUCUUCGGUGAGACCGCCGCAGAUCGCCGGCGUGGACUGGAAGGACGCGAGUGCCGAGGGGCCACUCAAGCAGGGGGCCGUCUCUAGCCAGCCCAUGCCCCUGUCAGCCCUGAGUGCCCCGGAGAAGCUGGGCAUGGAGAUCGGUAAAGUGCCGCCCCCCUUGCCUGGUGUCAGCAAGCCGCUGCCCCCGAGCUACGGGACGUACCCAAGUCCUGCCCCUGUGGGCCCGGGCUCCACCAACUCCCUGGAGAGGAGGAAGGAGGGCAGCUUGCCCAGGCCCAGCGCAGGCCUUGCCGGUCGGCAGAAACCCGCCCCGCUGCCCCCUGCGGGUGGCCCGCACCAGCCGGGCUCCUCGCAGCAGAUUCAGCAGAGGAUUUCUGUGCCCCCAAGUCCCACAUACCCGCCGGCAGGGCUGCCUGCCUUUCCAGCCGGAGACGGCAAACCCGAGCUCCCCCUGACCGUGGCCAUUAGGCCCUUCCUGGCUGACAAAGGGCCGAGGCCACAGUCCCCCAGGAAAGGGCCCCAGACGGUGAACUCAAGCUCCAUAUACUCCAUGUACCUCCAGCAAGCCACACCGCCCAAGAGUUACCAGCCAGCAGCGCACAGCGCCACGAAUAAGUCGGUUAAAGCAGUGUACGGGAAGCCGGUUCUGCCGUCUGGCUCCACGUCCCCGUCCCCGCUGCCCUUCCUCCACGGCUCGCUGGCCCCGGGCGCCACGCAGCCCCCGCCUCCUGCCGAGAGCGCCGAGAAGGAGCCGGAGCCCGAGAGCCCCGCGCCGCCCGGGGACGGGGCCGCCGUGGAGAGCCUGCCGCGGCCGCUCAGCCCCACCAAGCUGACGCCCAUCGUGCACUCGCCACUGCGCUACCAGAGCGACGCCGACCUGGAGGCCCUGCGCAGGAAGCUGGCCAACGCGCCGCGGCCCCUGAAGAAGCGCAGCUCCAUCACGGAGCCCGAGGGCCCCGGCGGGCCCAACAUCCAGAAGCUGCUGUACCAGCGCUUCAACACGCUGGCUGGCGGCAUGGAGGGUGCCCCCUUCUACCAGCCCAGCCCUUCGCAGGACUUCCUGGGCUCCUUGGCCGACGUGGACAAUGGGAAUGCCACUGCCAACGGGAACCUGGGCGAGGCUGGCCCCGCCCCGCCCACGGCCCCACUCCCUGCCGAGCCCGCCCCCGCCUCCGAUGCCAAUGACAACCGGCUCCCUUCCCCCGAACCCGAGGGCCUGCUCUGUCCCCCGAACACCCACCAGACAGCUGAGCCAGCUGAGGACGACAACAACAACGUGGCCACGGCCCCGUCCACCGAGCAGGUCCCCAGCCCUGGGGCCGAGGCCCCCUCUCCAGGGGAGGAGCAGGCGCCCCCGUCACUCGCUGUGCCGCUGCCCUCGGCCUCCACGAACAAGCGGACCAACCUGAAGAAGCCCAACUCGGAGCGGACGGGACACGGCUUGCGGGUCCGCUUCAACCCACUGGCGCUGCUUCUGGACGCGUCUCUGGAGGGGGAAUUCGACCUGGUGCAGAGGGUUAUCUACGAGGUGGAGGACCCCAGCAAGCCCAAUGACGAGGGCAUCACCCCCCUGCACAACGCCGUCUGCGCUGGGCACCACCACAUCGUGCGGUUCCUGCUGGACUUCGGGGUCAACGUGAACGCCGCCGACAGCGACGGCUGGACGCCCCUGCACUGCGCCGCCUCCUGCAACAGCGUCCACCUCUGCAAACAGCUGGUGGAGAGCGGCGCCGCCAUCUUCGCCUCCACCAUCAGUGACAUCGAGACAGCGGCGGACAAGUGCGAGGAGAUGGAGGAGGGCUACAUCCAGUGCUCCCAGUUUCUAUACGGCGUGCAGGAGAAGCUGGGCGUGAUGAACAAAGGCGUGGUGUACGCCCUGUGGGCCUAUGAGGCCCAGAACAGCGAUGAGCUGUCCUUCCGAGAAGGGGACGCGCUCACCAUUCUGCGGCGCAAGGACGAGGUCGAGACCGACUGGUGGUGGGCUCGCCUUGGGGACCGGGAGGGCUACGUGCCCAGGAACCUGCUGGGGUUGUAUCCACGGAUCAAACCCCGACAGCGGACGCUGGCCUGAGCGCCCCCUGCAGCACCGCAUAGGCUGGCCAGCGGCGGGGAGCGGCUCGGGCUGACUCGGCCGUCUCCCGGAAGUGGACACUGGACGCAGCUUCAGGGGCUCCCGCAGCAGACCGUGUCCGCGGUGUGAGGACCCCUGGGUGAGGGUCUGCCCUCAGCUGAGAGAGAGGCCUUCACCUUCAAGGAGACUGAAUUUUGCCAAUUACUGUAAAUCCAAAUAAAUACCCAGCUUUCUAAACCACCACCCUUGUUGCCAAUAAGAUUACCCUUUCGUUGACCCCCGAUUGGUUGCCAGUGAAGACGACGCUCUUAGAACGUGGGCUCCAAGGCCCCCCCACCCCCGGUAUUGCCCCAGCCCCCCAGAGAGCCUGCCGCUGCCGUGAGGUGCGCCCCUCGCUGGAGCUCCGCCCUCCCGUCCACCGGAUGUCAGAAACCCGGCACCUUGUCCAUCCUCACGUGCAUUUCUUUUCAUCACCACAGGAGCCCUGUGUGGAGCGGGGGUGUCUGAGGUGUGGGCUCCUUUCCCGCUCCAGGCCUCGGUCUAGGUCACCCACAGGCCACGGGCACAAGGGACCUAGGACCACGGGACACCGCCGGGCCAGAGGUUUCCACACAGCGCGCCUUCCCGCAGCCUCCCGGUGCCCCGCCCCUCCUGGGCACUGUGCGGGCCGGGGCGCGUGGAUAGGGGACGCCCAGACUCCCCGGUCCCUCUGCCCUGGUUCCAGACGUAGUGAGGCGCUGCCCCGAGACUUGAACUGUACGUAUUGGCUUUUAUAUACCAGAAGUAUUUUUUGACUAAACCACUGAAAACUGUCAGACCCGUGUUGGAAAUGUUUUCUUCUCAUUAAAGUCCAGGCCCUGAGCUUUGUUCCCAUGU